CAAGCACCUCCCCUAGAAAUGCAGCAAAUCUUUACACCGUUUUUUGUCGGUGCGGAGUAGCGCGCGCACUGGGAACCGGAGACGCGCGAGACUCUUAGCAUUGGCAGGCUGACGGUGACACGUGCCUCUCUCUCAACACCCCCGAGCUCCCGUGUACCGCAUUGGCAUCAGCGACGGCCACCGAAACGCAGGAGUCGACGCUGUGCCACGGAUACAGAGAACGGAAAAGCCGCGCAAAACCGCGAGCGCUCUCCUUUACGCACCGGACAUUAAACGCACUCAGCGCGCAUCAGAGUCCGGCCAGCGAACAGCAUGCAGGUGCCAGGCAUCAUCUACGUCUAAAAGUGACAUGAACCACGGAAUUAGCAAAAACACCAGGCAGAACUGGAGAUAACGAACACGCGUCACCACGAUCUUCUCGCUCCGUUGACGCGCAGACAAAGAACUCCGGUCGCACUCUAAAUUCGAUAUAGCUAGAAAAACAUUUGAAGGGGAAUUUUCACACCAGUCGCGUUUAGGAGAGCAAUCAUGGCUACGGUAAUUAGAAGCAAGAUCUCUAACAAGCUGUCCAACGCGGCCACCACGGUCACCAAUAAGUCGCAGGCGAAGGUGAGCGGGAUGUUCGCCAAACUGGGCUUCCAGGCCGCCACCGAUGAAGAGGCUUUGGGCUUCGCCGCCUGCGAUGAUCUGGACUAUGACCACAGGCAGGGGCUUCAAAUGGACAUCCUUAAAAACGAGGGAAUGGGUGGAGAGGGCGGCGGGGACACGGGGGGCGAGGGGACCGUCGAAGGGGACAGCCAUUACCAGAGGGAUGGAACGGGUCCGCCGCCCGCAGCGUCCAAAGACGGCGGAUUUUGCUCCGAUUUAGGCGGCUCGGACAAGCCAAGAAUCACUGCUUGGGAGGCAGGAUGGAACGUGACCAAUGCGAUCCAGGGCAUGUUUGUUCUCGGGUUACCCUACGCCAUUCUCCACGGAGGAUAUCUCGGAGUACAAAUACAACCUGUCCGAUUAGUCUGGAAAAUGAUGAGCGGUGGUAGUUCGGUGAUAAGUGUUACGCAUCCCACAUAUUGAUAACCAAACCGAUAAGUUUCCCACAAAAAAAUACAUAAAUAAUAAAAAGCUUUUAACCCAC